GGAAAAAGACUGACGAUUUUUAAUGGCAUUUGCUCGCGUUUGUUUGCAUAUUGCUAGAGUUUGUUGAACCCGUAUUUUGAUGAAAAUAAAAAUGAAAAUUGUAAUAUCCAUUGAAAAAUCUCGUUUUGACCCAUUUUCCAAUUAAGUUGUUGACGGUUAAGAAGGCCCUGCAAAGUUUUCAAAAAAUUUUGACAAAAUUUUAGUGACUUUGCCUAAUGCCUAACUAGUAGAAAUGAAUUGGUCACUAAAUUCCAGUGAAAAGAACAAAUACUUGAGGAAAAUGUAAUUUUCAGGAUAUAUUAUGCCUCGAAAUCAUAAAGAAAACAAUAAAAACGAAAACAAUGGUCUCAACAGAAACCGCAAUCACUCAGUUUCACCUGAGGAGCCAACAAUUGGAAAGAAGCCCCAGUGGACUGAGUUGGAGAUAACAGGCACCAUCAGAAAUUUGAGCCCUAAUCUAUUUCAUUUACAAAACUUAACUGCUUUAUACGUAAAAAAUAACAAUCUCCAAAGGCUGCCACCUGAUAUAAAUCAGCUUGUUAACUUGCGAGCCCUUGACUUAUCUUGUAACAAGCUGCGGUCACUGCCAGCUGAACUUGGAGAUCUCAUGAACCUCAGUUUUAAUAAUUUUAAGCAAGACUCAAGAUUUUGUCCUUAUUAUCCCGCAUGCUAUCCUAACGUUAUUAAUGGCAUAAUUGGUUACACCUACAUUUCCCCAAAUUCCCUUUUAUUCAGGGAACUUCUGUUGAGUCAUAAUUUUCUACGUAUUCUACCUUAUGAACUGGGCAAAUUGUUCAAUCUCAUAGUGCUCGGAUUGCACGGGAAUCCCCUCAACAAAGACAUUAUGACGAUUUACAGCGAGCCGAAUGGUACACACAAGCUGCUGACAUACAUGUUGGACAACUUACAAGGUAGGAUUUGUUUAUCUUUAUUCCUUGCUUUGCCAGGUGCUUACAACGUUCAACCCCUAUGAUAAGUAUGUCAUAAU